AGAAUCACUAGGGCACACAAGUUCUCUCACACAAAGCUUUUCUGCAUCAAACUUUUAAGCAGAGAGAAAGAGAGAGAUGGGUGUAACGAAGGAGCAAGUCGAAGCUUCGUUGACUUCGAAACUCAACCCUGUUCAUCUGGAAGUCAUAGACACAUCUGGAGGCUGUGGUGCGAGUUUUGUGAUUGAGAUUGUCUCAGAACAGUUUGAGGGGAAGAGAUUGCUCGAGAGGCACCGCAUUGUGAAUGCUGCUCUUGAAGAAGAGAUGAAAGAAAUCCAUGCUCUCUCGAUAAAGAAAGCUCAAACUCCGCAACAAUGGAAGCCAGUAUCACAAGACCCUGCAACAACUCCAUCCACAGAGGCUUGAAGACAAAAGAACAACAAACAGAGCUUUUGUUUAAUCCUUUUGCACCUUACUAAGAUAAAAAGCUGUAUUUACUUUGACCUUGUUCCAUGGUAGCUAAUAAGCUUUGAACUUUUAU